GGUUGGUUUCGCCUCACGGUGAUGACGUCAUUAGUCGCGCGCGCGCUUCAGUGCGGAGUUUCUGAGCCUACAAGUACAAGCAUCAGAGCAUCAGGAAGAAGUGAAAUCUGCAGAGACAGAGUUUAUUGAAGGACAGAGAGAACAUGAGAGAUCCAGAACCCUGCAGAAUGAAACACACUGAAGAACAAACAGAUUUGAUGGAGGAGAAUGAGGCGAGUGAAGCGCAGAAACAUCAUCAUGGCAAAACUAAAAAAUCUCACUCACAGACUGAAAGAGUUUCUUUACUGAAAAGAAGAGACAAGAAAAGUUUCAACUGCACUCAGUGUGGAAAGAGUUUGUCAAGCAAGAAGAGUCUCAAUGUUCACAUGAGGAUCCACACUGGAGAGAAACCAUUCACAUGUGAUCAGUGCGGGAUGAGUUUCACACAAUCAUCAAACCUUCAGAGACACAUGAGCAUCCACACUGGAGAGAAACCAUUCACAUGUGAUCAGUGCGGGAUGAGUUUCACACAAUCAUCAAACCUUCAGAGACACAUGAGCAUCCACACUGGAGAGAAACCACAUGAAUGUGAUCAAUGUGGAAAAACAUUUUUGUGGGCUUCAAGCCUGAAGGAACACCUGAAAGUUCAUUCAGAGGAGAAACCACAUUCAUGUUCUUUAUGUGGAGAGAGUUUUUCAUGGCUGAAGAAUUUAAAAGUACAUCAGAAAAUACACACUGGUGUGAGAGAUUAUAUGUGCUUUGAGUGUAAGAAGACUUUUAUUACAGUUGGAGAAUUGAAACGGCACCAGAGGAUCCACACUGGAGAGAAACCUUACAAGUCUUCACACUGCGACAAGAGAUUCAGUCGGUCAGGAGACCUGAAAUCACACGAGAGGAUUCACACUGGAGAGAAACCUUACAUGUGUUCACACUGCGACGAGAGAUUCAGUCAGACAAUAAAUCUGAAAAGACAUGAGAGGAUUCACACUCGAGAGAAACUGUAUCACUGCACUGCAUGCGGGAAGAGUUUCUGUCAUUAGUCAGCUUUAUGUAGUCAUACAAACACAGUAAGUAGAUCAUAGAUCCAGCACUUUUAAGUCUGAGGUUUCAACCUUGCUAAACGUGACACUCUAAUGCAGUGGUUCCCAAACCUGUCCUGGACGCCUGCACCUAUUGUAUGUCUCCCUUUUCUAACACACCCUGAUUCCACUCAUCAGCUCGUUAGUAGAGACUGCAAGAACUAAAUCGGGUGUGUCUGAUUAGGGAGACAUACAAAAUGUGCAGGGGGUCCUCCAGGACAGGUUUGGGAACCACUGCUCUAAUGCAUUGAGUAAUAAAAUCUGUCCUAACCAGCCAGAGUGAACGACAGGACAAAGAAACAUCACCGAUAGUUUUCAAAGUGAAUAAAGUUCAUCUUCAAGGUCAGCAGUUUCAUUUGUGAGAUUCAGAUCACCUCAAAGAUGGAAUUUCUCCCCAAGUAACAAUAUCUAACGUUUUAUUCUUGUAUACAACUUUGCUUUAUGAUAUAAAUUAUAUUAUUAUGCUUUAUUACCAGAUUCAUUUUAUGUUCAUAAUGUUCUUCUAAUGCUUAUUUGUAGAAGGUUUUUGUGCACAAAAGAAUCAAUAAGAGGAAUCAAAAUUUUAAUUUGAUAAAAAGUAGACUAUUCCUGACCUUAACCCUUGUGCAACCUUAUGGACAUUUUUGUCUAUUUUAGUGUUUUUUUUUUUGUUUUUUUUUUGUUUUUUUGAUAAUUUUGCCUUUGUUAAUGCUAACUGCAUACAUUUUGGCUCAGGUGUGUAGUUUUUAUUUGAACUGUAAUAUUCCACCCUCAUUUCCUUUUUAAUAAAUCUUUUUUACACUAGGUACAAAAAAAUACUUCCUCUCAGCGCCUUUUGGACAAAAAUGUCCACAUUAAAGCCUAUGCUAUUUUUCAUUGCAGUGCCGUUUAACUGUAAACUUAUGCAAUUUUUGUUAAUAAGCUUUCAUUCUGUUGACAAGGCUUCAAAAUUUAAUUUUUUACUUUUUUUUUUUUUUUUUUUUUAACCAGAUGGUGCCAUUUUUUUCAGGUUUGCCCUAUAAAGGCAAAUACUCGCUUUAUUCCUGUUUUCUGCUUCUGCAUAUUAUAGAGCCACUUGGAUAAAUAAUGCAGCUAUAAUUGUGUGGGUGUGUUGGUAUGAAUGUUGGAGUGUGGUUUGUAUGUUUGUCAUAAAAAUUGUUUGUGUGUGCUUGUAAUAUUUGAGCGAGGAAAAAGUCUACUGUAAAUCACAAAUCCAACCACUGUGUGUUUUUCUGACAUCUAAUGGGGAAGAUUUGGUACUACGCCCAAACAAAAUUUUACUGAAAGCUCAUUUUUUGAGAUAUCAACCUCAAAUUUCAAACUUAAACAUUUAUAACUUUUUUUUGGGUUUUACUUUUUAAACUUUUUUUACUUCAACAAUAAUCUGCCAUGGGUCUUCUUUAAAAUGAGACCAAACUUUAGUCUGUGCUUUUUUUUUUUUUUUUUUUUUUUUUGUCCUACUGAAAAUGUGCCUGGAGUCCACCUUUGUUAUUAUAACAAACUACACUUUCAAUGUGAUUUUAAACCAUUCAAGUCAAGAAGACUCGCAAUCUGUUUUUUUCUGCUACACACACAUUCUUGUAUAAGUGCUUUUUAGCCUGUUGAUUUUUAUUCAUAGUAUUCAGCUAACAAGGAAAUAUUUUGCAAUAAGAUGAUAUCUAAGAUUAUUUAUUUAUUUACCUUAUUGGAAUUGAAAUUAGAAAUUGACAAGAAUCGGAUUCAUUAAAAUUCAAACGAUGCCCAACCUUACCCAUACCCAACAUUAUUUUUUACUGGAACCUUUCUAUUCACAGUUUUAAACCCUUUCUUUUCUUUUAAACCUUCACUUACCCAUCUUUGCUUUUGCCCUUCUUAAAAACAACCACAUAAUCUUAUACGUGAAUAUACUUUUCAAAAUUAGUUAUAAAACAGUUGCUCCUGGCAACAGGGAUAGGUAGUAUGUUUGCUUAACAUAGCGUCAAACAUGACAAUUGAUCAGAUUAAUAUCAUGUUUUGCUUCAAAAUCA